AUGCUCAAACUUCUCGUUCUCGUGUUGGCGUUGGCGAUAUGCGCCAACGCGCUUCUUGGCGCCAUCGGCUCGAAACAAACCGCCACCGUCACCGGCAAAUUCGUGUGCAACGGCCAGCCGGUGAAGGAUGUGCUCGUCAAGUUGUACGAGGAUGGAACCAUUAUGGACUCCAAAUUGGCUUCGGCGAAGACCGCUGCCGACGGCUCGUUCACCUUGACCGGAUCGCAGAACAAAAUCCGCAAGUUGGACCCAAAAAUCAACGUCUAUCAUCGAUGUAAUUGGAAGGGGGCUUGCAGCAAGAAGGUCACCAUUCAUGUGCCAAAGAACGCCGUCAGCAAGGGUGGCAAACAAGGACAAGUGUUCGACAUCGGUGUCUUGAAUCUCGCAAACCGAUUCCCGGGAGAAUCCAGCGAUUGCAUUCAUUAG